CCUCCCCUCCUGCUCGUCCCAGCCUGCCUGCCUGCCUGCCUGCCUUUCCCUCGCCGCUCCCGGCAAGAUCCACAUGCAGUAGUGGUAGUAGCAACAGGAUCGUCGUCGUCGGAGUUUGGCUGGCCUCCCUUGUUGCUACUAGCUGCUGCUUCGAUCGGCUGGCUUUCAAAUCAGGAACAACGACAGAUCCGAGGCUUUCUCGAAUCGGGCAGGUCCAUCAAAUCGCAAGUUAGCCAGCAGCCCUGGCAGCGGCUAGCCAUCAAAUCACACUCAUCAAAUCAAAGGGGACCAAAAGGAUAUCUCUGGCUCCUGCCUCCUCUCCCCUAGUCGUAUAAAAUUUCCCUUUCGGCUCCGCCCCCCUUCUGCUUCUUCCGUCCCGGCCUCCUUCCCCCUCCUCCGAUCUCCCUCUCGCUGAGCUAUACCUGCUGCUUAUUGCUUUUCCCCCUGCGAUAUAUCCGUUCCUCCUUGCCCUAGCUAGCCGCCGGAUCGAGCGAGGCCAUACUCGUCGCCCGUCCUCGACUCCCCCGUCGAUCUCGACAGCGCCAGCGCCUCAGGUGCCGGAGCUGCCGCACUCGGUCGUCGAAAUCUAUCAUGAUGUCGUCCUCGUCCUCGUCGUCGGCCGCCUUCCCGCUGGACCACCUCGCGCCGUCCCCCACUGAGCAGCUCUGCUACGUGCACUGCAACUGCUGCGACACCAUCCUCGCCGUCGGCGUGCCGUGCAGCAGCCUGUUCAAGACGGUGACGGUGCGCUGCGGCCACUGCGCCAACCUGCUCUCCGUCAAUCUCCGCGGCCUCCUGCUCCCGCCCGCGGCGCCGCCGGCCAACCAGCUCAGCUUCGGCGGCGGCCACUCCUUGCUCUCCCCCACAUCCCCGCAUGGCCUCUUGGACGAGUUCGCGUUCCAGGCGCCGAGCCUCCUGAUGGAUCAGGCGAGCGCCAACCUGAGCAGCACCAUCACGGGCCGCAGCAACAGCAGCAGCUGCGCCAGCAACCUGCCGGCCGCGCCGAUGCCUGCAGCCAAGCCGCCCGUGCAGCAGGAACCCGAGAUGCCCAAGAGCGCCCCGUCGGUGAACAGGCCUCCGGAGAAGCGGCAGAGAGUCCCGUCGGCGUACAACCGGUUCAUCAAGGAUGAGAUCCAGCGCAUCAAGGCCGGCAACCCGGACAUCACCCACCGGGAGGCGUUCAGCGCAGCCGCAAAGAAUUGGGCACAUUUCCCGCACAUCCAUUUCGGCCUCAUGCCGGACCAGGGCCUCAAGAAGACUUUCAAGACUCAGGAUGGCGCUGAAGACAUGCUUCUCAAGGAUGGUCUCUAUGCAGCAGCGGCAGCGGCAGCCGCCGCCAACAUGGGCAUCACCCCAUUCUAGCUGGUUUAGGCAUGCUUCAGCCAACAAGUUCUGGGCACACAGUGGCCAUCGCCCAUCGCCCUUGUGCCGCGUUCUAGGGUUUCGUCUCAGAUCUUGAUCUCAAUAUCGCGUUUAAUUAGAGUACUUUCCAGUAUGGAGGUAGAAAUGGAGAAUCAAGUUAGGGCACCUAGGAGGCCUCUCUAUCUUAUGAUCCUCUAGGUACAGACUUAUUGUGUUCUCUAUUUCGACCCCUUUUGGUUCCUGUUUUCUCUUUCUCGCUCGUUUUUGUUCCUGGACCCCUUCUAUCCGCCUGUAGAGAAGUCGUUGUGCCUCCUCCGAUCCCAUGAUUGUGUCUGUUCAAGAACAUGUUUUUACCAUGGACAACUA